UGGAUAUUUAAGUUAUCUAUUAAGUGAAAAUGGAUAGUAGUUAAUAAGGCCAGUUGGAAGGCUGUUUUUGCCACGAAGUCGGUCAUAAAUAUUUCCAAUCUUACUAGUCCUCUUAGUUUAAUAUAUAUUUAAAGACAGUAACUCAUAUUUUGCAGGCGAAAUUGCAAAAAACAAAAGCAUUGGCUUAGUAUUCACCAUGACUACAGCUGUUAGAGUUCUUGAUGUUUUUAAUGUAUCGCCACCACCAUUUUGCGUACCCAAAGAGCCCCAACAACUCACAUUCCUAGAUGUGUUUUGGUUUCCUAUAUCCCCUGUUCAAAGGAUCUUCUUCUACAAUCCCCUUGAGCAGGAAAGCAACUUCUCAGACUUGGUAGACAAGCUAAAAAAUUCCCUUUCCUUGGUCCUCGAGUACUUCUACCCACUUGCCGGAAAAAUCGCACUAUCGGCCGAUUCCGAACACUUGGAGAUUCAUUACAAAGAAGGAGAUGGGGUCGCAUUCUAUGUGGCUGAAACCGAAGUCGAUUAUGAAGCUCUCGUGACGAGCCGUGCCCAUGACACAACCAUUUUCAAGUUGCUAGUCCCACCUCUGUCAGCGCGUUUCCCGGCGCCCAUGGUGUCUGUACAGGCGACAGGGUUUCCUAAUGGUGGUCUCUGCAUAGGAGUGUCAUUCAACCAUGGAGCAGCGGAUGGCCGAGGUUUCAUCAGUUUUGUUAAGGCGUGGGCGGAGGUUUGUAGGUCCGGGGGCCUCUCCUCCCACCCGAACCAUGACCGCUCUGUGCUCAGGGAUCCUGGCAGACUCAGUAAAUGGUAUGUUGAUUGGUACAAGAUAUCAAAGGAAGGAGUCGGAUUAUUCCCAGAGUUCCCAAAGCUGAAUGAUCUAGUGAGCGCCACUUUCCUCAUCGGUAAAGAUGGCAUUGCAAGGCUAAAGAGACAGGCUACAAGCAGCGGCUCAGCCGUGCCCUCGACUUUUGCAGCCGUAUCGGCCCACAUUUGGGUGUGUACCGCGAGAGCGAGGAACCUGGGAGACGACUCGAUGCUGGUGUACGCAUUUCCUGCUGAUGGUCGUUCUCAGCUGAAGCCCAAGGUAACAGACCAAUACUUCGGAAACUGCGUGUACAGCUGUAUUGCUAAAGGGACUGGUCGGGAACUCAAAGGGAAGGAGCCAUUGGUUUGGGCCGCAGAGGCCAUAGGAAGUGUGAUUCGCGAAGGGAGGGCCGAUCCGUUCGGGGGUGCCAAGACAUGGCUGAGCCAGUUUACAGAGCUUGUGGGCACUGGGUUCCUGUCAGUGGCCGGAUCCCCGAGGUUCGGUGUUUACGAGACGGAUUUUGGAUGGGGAAGGCCGAGGAGAGUGGAGGUGGUAUCCAUUGAUAAGGAAGGAGGGAUCGCUCUUUCAGAAGCAAGAGAUGAAGAAGGUGGAGUUCAAGUUUCUCUCUCACUUCGUUCUUCAGAAAUGCAUCAGUUUGAGUCUCUCUUCUUCAAGGGCCUUAAUGACGCAUAAGAUUCUCUCAUUUUCUUUUUCUUUUCAGGUUUGACUCAUAAUCUCUAAGUUAUUCUACCUAUUGCUCACUUCUAAUGUGCUCAAACCCUUGAUGAUUUAGUUGCAUUUGAGUGAAAGCUCUAAAGGGAAAAGUUUAUAUA